AUGCUUGGCGUCAAAGAUGUGCGUCUGCCUGCUGAAGCGUUAAAACGAAUGAGCCCCACAAGGUUUUUGAAUAUCACUCUUCCUGAUACAUUUGAUGCUCGGACGUGGUGGCCAGGAUGCAAAUCGAUUGGAUUUAUACGUGAUCAGAGCAACUGUGAACACCCUCUAGGAUCCUGCUGGGCUUUUGGCGCAGUAGAAGCAAUAACCGACAGAAUCUGCAUAGCCUCAAGAGGCAAGCUAAGACCAACUAUUUCCGCGGAUGAAAUUCUCGCCUGUUGCAAAGAAUGUGGAUAUGGUUGUAAUGGAGGCUACCCUAUCAAGGCCUGGGAGUAUUGGGUAGAAAGUGGUGUGGUGACUGGAGGCGAGCGACCACCACCAUCAAGUAAUAAUAAUGUAGUAGGAAGGAAGCCUAAUAGCGUCUCACGAACCGUAGAUUUUCUCUUAAGCACUUCCUUAUUAAGAAGGAUUAAGAUAAAAAAAUCAAAAGGAAAAAAGCUUUCUUUUCCGGCCUUCUCUAUACCCCUUAUUAAGGACACCUGUCUACCUUAUCCAUUUCCGCCGUGUCACAAGCAUGGGAACCAUUCCGUUCCAUCACAAUGCUCUCAUCCAUUUAAAACACCCAAAUGUGAUCACAAGUGCAACAGAAACUACACAGAAGAAUUUGAACAUGACAAGCACUAUGGUAGUGGUCUGGUGUCAUAUAGCGUAGAAAACAAAGAGGACGCAAUCCGCAAGGAACUCAUGACGUAUGGCCCCAUCGAAGUAGCUUUUAAAGUGUACACGGAUUUUUUCCACUACAAAAGGGGUAUUUACAAGCACACUGCGGGUUUCUUUGCCGGAGGACACGCCGUAAAGCUCAUUGGCUGGGGGAAGGAGAAAAAAACUCCUUAUUGGCUAAUUGCUAAUUCUUGGGGAGAAGACUGGGGCGAGAAAGGACUUUUCAAAAUUGUCCGCGGCACGAACGAAUGUGGUAUUGAGGGAUAUGCUGUGGCAGGAAUACCCAAAAUUUAG